GUCAGUUUGGUUGAUUUAUAUCCAACUUUCUGGUCCCUCGGAAGUGGCAGUAUGAUGUCGAAUGGAUAGUAUCGAUUUGCUUUUGGUCCUAACGUCUAACUUCCUUCAAGUCCUUCAAAGUUGCUCACAGUUUGUCAUCAAUUGUUGGUCUGUAGACAAGCUCAGGGACAUACUGCACUUUUCCAGCUCAUUUCAAAAGCUGUUCCAAAAUUUGGGAGAAUCUGAAAAGGAUGCUCUCACCGCAUUUGUGCCGUCGUUGCAGCCACACUUUCCGCAUCUGCCUUUGAAGUCAUCCUCUACUCUGGAAUUAGAAAACGCUGUACAAUCAAUUUUACAUGUCCUGAAAGAAAACACUCACCUUACACAGAAUCAACGUGACUGCAUUUUCGAAUUUUGUUUGGAUGAAAGUUCGGAGGCCAUUCGAUUUCAGUCGACCCCCACGGAGCUGUUCGGUUGGACAACUGAGCUGGCCAAUAGUGUGGAAUCCCAUCUCUUUAUUUCGCACCUGGUCGAACUGAAUACUCAGGAUCCCGAGAAACUGUUGUUAUUUCUUGACUCUUCUUUCGUAACUGACCCUGAGUACCUGACCGAAUUAAUUAUUCGCACUCUGGAACAUCUGACCUACACCUUUUCGCUUCAGAAUGAAGCAGUGGCCAAAACGUUGCUCCACUGGCUCUCAACCGCCGUGCUUCGCUCGAAAUCGAUCCGUUCCAUUCUGGCUCGUUGUAGCCCUCAACGCCUUCGAGAUCUUGCUCUUUGUCUUCCUGGAUUCGAAGCCUGUUUGUUCAAUCUUUUUCAGACCUCGAACCCGUUGGACACCGGUGAUGAUUGUCCAUCUACUGAGGUCCUGUGCACUCUAGUUGGUUGUCUUGCGAACUCCCUCCCUUGUGGACCGAAGUUACUGGCAAUGGUCGAAAAUCUUGCAGCUUUGGAACCUAACGGUCUUUGGAGUGAUGUCUGUCGUUUAUUGUCCGAAAACCGUUGUUUGUGAAAAUAAUCAUUCGCUUCUUAGAUGGCCUGAAAAUGCCGCAUUUCUUCAUGUCGUGAUGGUCAGUAGAAGUGAAAUACUAUAAUGGAUUGAUUGUCGCCUCUUUUUCCUGUCUCCACUCUAUGACUAUUGAAGCGUUAUUGACACACACCAGCAUUUACACUUGCAUUUGAACAUCGGUAUUCAUCACUGAUGUUGGUGAUCGUGGAACUAAAUAUUUUAGUUUUUUAUUGUUGAUACAACCAUGUUCUCUUUUCAUCGAAUGAUCCUUAUUGUCGGUUCAGUAUAGUAGAUUAUUUUACAGACGGAUU